AUGAAGGCUGGCACGUUGGAAGAGACAGACCUCCUAGCCGCGCACACUGCGCGGGUCCGAGCGCGCAACAGGGUGCCGCUGCCACCCGAAGCAGUCGAGGCCGGCGGCCUCCCGGUCGCGGACGCGUCGCCUGCGGACCGGCAGCACCUCGCAGCGAGCCUGGCAGAGGACUUCUUGCCGCUCGACUUGGACAUUCCUGGCAUGAAGGUGCUGAACCUGGACCCGUUCAUCGCCGUCGUCGAGGACUUCCUGCCGCCCGAGGACUGCGACGCGCUCCUGCGCGCAGCCAAGAACUCGGGGGAGAUGAAACCGAGCCGCGCGGCUGGCGACACCACUGGGGAGAUUCGGAACAGCACGUCGCUGGCGUGUACGACGGCGACGUUGACGACGCAGCCCGCGCUGGCGAAGCAGAUCCUCGCCCUGUUGGACCGCGCGAAGAAGCUCCUCGCUGCACCGGAGAGCCGCUGGCAGCCCCACGCGACGGGCUUCCGCCCCCCCGCGGGAGCAGGACGCCUGGCGUUCGAGCUGCCGCAGGUCGCCCACUACACCGAGGGCCAGCACUUCCUCGCGCACGAGGACGCGUUCCCGCUUGACGUGGCCGCCAAGAAGCGCUACCAGAGAAUAGGCACGUUGUUGGUUUAUUUGAACGACGUCGCCGAGGGUGGUGCCACGCGGUUCGACCUGCUGGGCCUGCAAGUGGAGCCCAAGAGGGGCCGGGCGUGCAUAUUCUUCCCGGCGUUCUCCUCCGGCCUGAACGACCCGCGCACGGUGCACACGGCGGUGGACGCGGUGGACGAGAAGUGGGUCAGUCAGACCUGGAUCUCCAUGGGGCUCGCGCCGCAGCCCAAGGAGGAGCCGCUCGCCGCGGAGAGCAUCUCGCGGAAGCGGCAGGGGAAGAAGGCCUCGGGGGGCAAGAAGGGGAAGAAACCCAAAGGCGGCUUUGGUGGUUGA